AUGGAUGUUGUCCCCCAUCGGAGUCGGUCUCGGAGUCGUCUGCGGAACCUGCUGCGGUCAUCGUCUCGGCGCCCGCUGAUGAAUCGGCGCUCGCUUUCCAGUUCAAGCAUCUCCAAGCUCACGGUCUCGCAAACGCAAUUGGAUCCGAAUACCCUGGUGCCGCUGGUCGCAGCAGUGCUUGACAAUUCUCUUCCCACCGACUUCCUCAAGCAGGACGUUCUCGGUCUCAUCAAAACCCUCCGAAUCCCUAAAUGGUGGAAAAAGAACUUGACUCUUGAUAAUCUUGUGUUGAAUCGAUUGAGUGGCGCUUUAACCAAUUCUAUCUACAAAAUCCUGUACAACGAUUCAUCUGUGAAGGUUCCAUCGUUGUUAUUGCGGGUGUAUGGCAAGAACGUCGAGUCUCUUAUCGAUCGUGAUGGCGAGCUCCGGGUACUUAUGAAGCUUCUGCAAAAGAACAUUGGGCCUCGACUUUUGGGUAUCUUCACGAAUGGUCGCUUUGAACAGUUUCUUGAGGGAUUCGAACCGCUUAAUAAGGAACUCAUCCGUGAUCAUGUCAUCUCACAAAUGUUGGCUCGUAGAAUGAAGGACUUGCAUUACAAGUUUGAUCUUAGUGAGUCUGACUACCCGGUGGACAAAAAAACAGAUCAAGUUGUUCCCGUGUGCUGGAAGCAGAUCCAUAAAUGGAUGGAUGUUUUCGAAAACGAAUUCCUUCCACUUUACGGUGAGGACAAUCCGGCCAUCAUUGAUACAUUUAUGGGUAUGAGCUUUGCUGAGUUCCGGAAAUUAGUGGGGAAUGUUCAAAACUGGCUCUUCAAAAAUUACAAUGGCUCUAAGAUUAAGUCUGACAUUAAAUUUUGCCAUAACGAUACCCAAUACGGUAAUCUCUUAUUGCAAAAGGACUUCAACCUCAAGGACGUUGCCCCUAUUGCUGAUGAAGCUACGGUGGUCACCACUGAACCCAAGUAUGACUCCAACCUUGCGGUAAUUGACUUUGAGUACCUGGGACCUAACUUUCCGGCAUUCGACAUUGUCAACUUUUUCCUGGAAUGGAUGCUGGACUACUACAACGAAAGCAAACCAUAUUGGAUUUUUGAAGAAAACUACCCUACACAAGUAGAUCAGUUUAACUUCAUCAAGCUGUACAUUGAAUAUGAGUUCAAAUAUCCCACCUCAUCUUUCAAGACUGCCACGAAGCCGCAAACUAGUGUAGCAAGCCAUGAGGAUAGCCACGAAGUUGCUGCUGAACUCAUACAGUAUGAAGUGCAAAAACUCUACAAUGAGUGUGUCUAUUGGCGAAGCUCGGUGCAAAUAUACUGGUUUCUCUGGGGACUCAUUCAGGGCGGGCCCCCUAAGAGUGUAAGCAACGGUCAUUCUUCGUCUACUACAGGGAUCAACACUACCUAUAAUUUUUCCACUACUGAUGAACUACUGGCAGCAUUUGAUGAAUGUGCCAUCGAGGAGGAAGACGAUGAUUUCGACUAUCUCAAGUACUCUCAACAAAAACUCGCAUUAAUUAUUGGUGAUGGGCAAAGUUUCGGCUUAUUGCCAAAGGAUUGUGUCGCAGAGAAAUACCGUCCCUUAAUCAAACAUUUGGACACCACUUUGUUAGAUAUUUAG